AUGAAGUUACUCUUUGCUGUAAUCCAUCGUCUGCAGCUGGUUUUUCUAACAGAUAACUCAAAUCACCAGUCACACUUGGGAUUCACCGCAUUCUAUCAGGCUGUUGACAUAGAUGAGUGUUCCUCUUCCAGUGUGGAAAACGCACCAUGUUCACAGAUAUGCCUCAACACUCUUGGCUCCUACCUGUGUGCCUGUCACCAUGGUUACAUGUUACGGGCCGACCAACGCACCUGUGUCUUGGAGUGUGGAGGUGGGGUGCACAGUGAAUUAGAGGGGACCAUCUCGAGUCCUGGGUUCCCAGACAUGUCCCCUCUUGAUCUGGACUGCGUCUACACCAUCUCUGUGCAGCCAGGCUUCAUGAUCACUCUCAACUUCAGCCAGAACUUCCACAUAGAGCAGGUCUACAAUCAAGGACAGACAUGCCUCUUCCAUUGGCUGCAAGUGUCUGUCCAAGGAAAAAAGCCCCAAAAGUACUGUGGCAGAAAAAGCCCCGAAGUCCUGAAUACAGGCGCUCACUUUGUCCAGCUGGAGUAUCACACUGACAGAUACGGACAGAGUCAGGGGUGGAGCUUACAUUACACCACACAGAGGGUACAGUGUCCACAUCCAGGCAUUAUCGGCAAUGGAUCAAUCACACCAAAUUUUGCGCAGUACUUGUACAGAGACUACAUUCAUGUGCGCUGUAAGCCAGGAUACAAGCUCAUGAUGGGAGAGAAGGAGAUUUCAAGUUUUAAGUCCAUAUGUCAGAGUAAUGGAAAAUGGCAUUUGACACUGCCAGAGUGCAAGAUUAUUGACUGUGGAGCUCCAAAGCUGCUGUUGAAUGGAGACUUUCAGUUUAUCAGUGGAGAAAACAAUGAAUAUCUUUCGGUCAUAGAGUAUCACUGCAAUGAGCCAUACUACAGAUUUAAGGAUACCGCCAAAGUAACAUACAGGUGUGCAGUUGAAAGAAAAUGGACAGAAGUCAACAACAAUGAUAUUAUUCCACCUUGUUAUCCUGAGUGUGGAAUGAACACAGAACUCAGUGUUGGUGGCAGAGUCUUUGGUGGGAUGCCAGCCAGACCAGGACAGAUUCCCUGGCAGCUUCUCCAUAAGACUCAUACCAGAGGUGGUGCAUCUCUGAUCAGUGAUUACUGGGCUCUUACAGCUGCUCAUGUGGUAGAUGGACUUGAAAACAUUAACAUGACUUGGCUUGGUGGAAUAAUUAAUGCUAGGAACAAAAACCCAGUCAUGAUGGAGGCAGAGAAGAUUAUAAUUCACCCAAAUUAUCAGAAGGUUUCUUUCAGGGGUCAUCAAACAAACUAUGAUAAUGAUAUUGCACUGAUCAAAAUGUCUGCUAGAGUGCCUCUCGGUCCAAACAUCAGGCCAGUGUGUCUGCCAAACAAAACUCGUGAAUCUGUAAUGGAGGGUACAAUGGGAACAGUAUCAGGCUUUGGAGGGUUUAAAGAGGGCUUAACAAGUGAAAUUUUACAAUAUGGGCAUAUUCAGGAAUAUUCUUCUAAACAGUGUGUUUUCGAGGACCUGCCUGUCACUGAUAACAUGUUCUGUGCUGGAGAUGAUGUUAAACAUGUUGACAGUUGUCAAGGUGACAGUGGGGGUCCUCUGUUCUUCCCCAUGUUGGGCCAUGGAACUAAAGAGCAGCGCUACGAGGUGAGGGGCAUUGUGUCAUGGGGUCCUGUAAGAUGUGGUCAAGUUUCUAAAGCUUACUACACUAAAGUGCAGAACUACCUGGGCUGGAUUGAAGAAACAAUGACAAAUAAUUAACAUCCGCUUUGCAAGAUGAUUUUGUCCCCUGAAAGACAAAAAAAAUCUAAUAAAAAA